GGACAGGAUGUCUAGGCGCAGCCAGGGUGUUGAGGGUGUCCAGUUUGGUGGCCUCAGGAUUGCAUCGCUGCUUUUUGCGGAUGAUGUUGUCCUGUUGGCUUCAUCUGCUGGGGACCUCCAGCGAGCUCUGGGGCGGUUCGCAGCCGAGUGCGAAGCAGCGGGGAUGAGGAUUAGCACCUCCAAGUCCGAGACCAUGGUUCUCAAUCGGAAGCAGGUGGAUUGCCCUCUUCAGAUCAGGGCGGAGAUACUGCCUCAAGUGGAGGAGUUCAAGUAUCUUGGGGUCUCGUUCACGAGUGAGGGUAGGAGAGAUCGAGAGCUGGACAGACGAGUAGGAGCAGCGUCUGCAGUUUUUCAGGCGCUUCACCGGUUCGUCGUGGCUAAGAAAGAACUGAAAGCAAAGCUCUCAAUCUAUUGGACCAUCUUCGUACCUACCCUCACCUAUGGUCAUCAGCUAUGGGUAAUGACAGAAAGAAUGGGAUUGUGGCUACAGGCAGCCAAAAUGAGGUUUCUCCGCAGGGUGUCUGGGCUCUCCCUUAGAGAUAGGGUGAGAUGUUCGGACAUCCGGGAGAGUCUCCGAGUAGAGCCGCUACUUCUCCACGUUGAAAGGAGCCAGUUGAGGUGGUUUGGACACCUGGCACGGAUGGAGCCAGUAGAGGUGGUUUGGACACCUGGCAGGGAUGGAGCCAGUUGA